AUCAUAACAAGUGGGAAAAUACUACUUUUAAACUGGAUAUGUAUCUUAUGGAUGCAGUUUUUGUAGUGAAAGAGGAGGAUGAGGCGAUGACUGUCACAGCGAAAGAAAUAAAACACGUUUUUGGAGUGGAGGGGGAGAUUUCUGCCACGUUGGAGGAGGAAGAAGACCACAACGGAGAUCUGAUUAACACCAGAGAGAGACCAGACUCUGAAGAACCAGAGACGUCUGAACCAGCAAGACGACACCACUGCUCCCAGUGUGGAAAAAGUUUUACUCAAUUACGGACACUGAAGGUGCAUGAAAGAAUACACACUGGAGAGAGGCCCUACCAAUGUUCCUAAUGUGAAAAGAGUUUUACCCAAUUAGCGAGUGCGAAAAUACAUAAUAGAAUACACACAGGAGAGAAGCCUUACCAAUGCUCCCAGUGUGGAAAGAGAUUUUCACUGUUAAGUUACCUGAAAUCACAUGAGAUAAUACACACAGAAGAUAAGCCUCACAAACGCCCUCAAUGUGGUAAUACUUUGAAGCGGUUAAAUAACCUGAAGGAUAAUAAAA